AUGGCGAGUGUUCCGCAAGAUAAACCUGCGGUUGUCUGUGUAUUCUGUGGCUCAGUCUCCGGUAACAACUCCGUUCACCUGGAGACAGCCCGAGCCCUUGCACACGAGUUUCACAAGAACAAUAUCCAACUUGUCUACGGCGGCGGCACAGCGGGCCUCAUGGGUGAAUUGGCCCGCACCCUCGUUUCUCUUUCCGGGCCCCAAGCAGUGCACGGUAUUAUCCCCCGAGCCCUGGUCAAAGUCGAGCCCGGCUAUGACAAUGCGCAAGAGGAGAGGAGCCCUUCCGCCGUUGUAAGCGGGAAAGAAGCAGAGCGGGUCGUCAAGGAGCCUAUGGGUAAGAUCGGGACGCUGAAGGAGUCAGAGUACGGGUAUACCACCAUCGUCCCAGAUAUGCACACGCGCAAGCGCAUGAUGGCUGAGAAGGUCCGAGAGGGUGGUCCGGGAUCGGGCUUUGUGGCGCUGGCGGGCGGGUUCGGAACUAUCGAGGAGGUCAUGGAAAUGACUACCUGGAAUCAGCUGGGAAUCCAUAAGCUUGGCGUGGUGUUGCUCAAUGCCAAUGGGUAUUGGGAUGGUGUGCUAGCGUGGGUGAAGAACUCAGUCCACGAAGGCUUUGUCAGUCCUGAGAACGGUGAGAUCUUGGUUGAGGCCAAGGAUGUCAGUGAGGUUUGGCCCAAGCUGGUUAGUUACAAGAUUAGCAAUGGGAGGAUGCAAUUGAAUUGGGGAGAGGAGUAG